CCCUUCACUCCCGGCAAUCAGCACAGCGAGUGAACGCGUUCAGCUGGACUAUCACGAAACAAGCUAUUUACAUGAAUUUGCUCUGCACGCGCUCAGCUGCAGCUGCAGAGAACAGCCUUCAGUGCGCGCGCUCACUCUUGAGUCGCACCGUGCGUCCCGCGCGCUUCACUCGCUCUGCAUUCACCGGGAAGGGGGAACAAACGGGGGGGGUUUAUGUGCACUUUUUUUUUUCUAAGAAUCCAUGAGACCGCAUAACCCCCGCGGGGUCAGUUCACGUUGCCCGGGUUUUGUGGUUGCGUGGAAACAUAAACUACAACAACAACAAAAGAGGAGAAGGUUUUCGGUCAGCGGAGAGGAGCCGCGGAGCGCAGGAGCCAUUUCCAGAGACGCGUCCGCGGGUUUCCCGCAGCGGAUCGGGUGCAGAGGUUGAGCGGAGCAGCCUGGUUGGCGCGGACCGAUCCGCGGCGCUGACCAGCGGGGGAGCCGCUCCAUCCACCCAGAGACGCGCCAUGGAGAGGAGAGCAGAAACGGGAGCAGCGACGUUCGUCAGCACCAGGGGAGGUUGAUGUGGACUUCCACCCUGAACUCCUGCGGUCUUCCCUGGAGCAUGCCCGUAGCCCACCAUGCACCUGGCUGCAGUCUGGCUGCUGCGUUACUCGGUGGUCAUGUGUUUGCUGUUGCACAGCUUGGUCUUGAUGGCCUUCUGCUUCCAUCAUGCUGCCACCACUUGCUCCAAGAGGUGCUACUGCUCUGAGACGGAGAGUGGAGGCAAGACGAUGCGUUGCAGCAAUCUGCAGCUCACGGAGAUCCCAGAGGACAUCCCCAAUGACACGCAACGUGUCUACCUUGACUUCAAUCUUCUAUCCGCAGUUCCAACGAAUGCGUUUGCUGGUUUGACCCACUUAGUAGAACUGGACCUGUCGCACAACGAGAUAAGCCAGCUGGAGCCUGGAGCAUUCAGAGGACUCGGCUCCUCCCUGCAGUUCCUGGAUCUGUCUUCAAACAAGUUGGUGAACUUUAACCCUGACGCCUUUGAGGGCCUUCGAGCUCGCGCCAACCUGACGAACAACCCGUGGCUUUGCGACUGCAAUUUGCAGAUGGCAUUGCCCCGUGUGGACCUGGAGCCAGCCUCGCUGACGGGUAUAGUGUGCCAGACGUCUGAUCCAGAGGAAAUAGAAGUUCAAGGACUUGCGUUCCUGUUGGAACCGGAUAUAGACCUGUGUGUGGUGAUGAAGAGGACUACAGAUGUAGCUAUGCUGGUUGUUAUGUUUGGCUGGUUCACCAUGGUCAUUUCCUACCUGGUCUACUAUGUCCGUGCAAAUCAGGAGGAUGCCCGCAGACACUUGGAGUAUCUCAAAUCGUUGCCCAGCAGGCAGGGCAAGUCAGAGGAGUCCUCCACCAUCAGCACUGUGGUGUAGUCACAAACAGAACCUAAAAUCCUAAAUCACCACAAGCAGGUGUGGCAUGUAUCUAGACAAUAAUAGGGAAUCUCAAGGAUUUCCUUGCUGUUGAAGAGAGGAAAUAAAACAUUUUCGUACACAGACAGACUGAGGUGGAUGUAAUGUAGUCCGGAUAAAUAAUUCAUCUUUCUGGAGGCCAUUAGAACUUUUUGUUGGCUGAGUUGAUGGCCUUGUCUGUACACUAAGCAAGUAAAAGCAGUGAACUCCAGAAAUGGGAUACAAAUGGGUUUUAUCCAGUGGUGCAUGUAUCUCAAUGCUCCUCUACAGUGGUCAAGACACAGUUAGCAAUAUCAAUGGUCUGACAGUGCUAUUAUCACGCUCUGCGUAAUAUGUUUCUCAGCAGAGUCCUAAUAUUAUAGACCCAUCUAAUACAAGUAAAAACGGCAUUUUCAAGUUAA